CUAUGUACUGUAUAGCAAUCUACUACUGUAUAGCAAUCCUGUUGAUAAUCAUGCAGGUUUUACAAUUCACUUAUCAUUGACAUCUUAUCAUCUGAUUUAUGAAGAUGAAAUCAUGUCAAAACAGAGACAUUCCUAACUGCAGUUGUCUUUACAGUAUUUUCGGCAUUCUGUAACUUCCUAAUGCUAUUUUAAUUGAUGUUGCAACCACUGUCACUUCCCCUUACUUUAUUUUAAGAACCUGAACCCACCACAUAGUCUAACCAUGCAGCAACACAACUCAUCAAACAGCUCGCUCACCGCUUUUGUCUCAACUGAAAUCCUGUUGGGCAGUACUGCACUGUCAGUUUGCUUCAUACUGGGAGUCCCUGCUAACAUAGCAGUAAUUAUGCGUCUUACUGGAUGGAUCAAGGAAAGCAGUUUCACCCCGAGACUGAUGCUAAACCUGGCCAUAUCAGAUCUGCUCACUCUGCUUUCUCUGCCGGUGUGGAUUUGGGCGCUACUUCAUGGCUGGGUCUUUGGCUUGGUCCUGUGUAAACUUCUCUCCUAUUUGGUGUACUUAAGCCUGUACUGCAGCACUCUGUGUGUGAUUUUGAUGAGUGUCCAGAGAUACCUGCAAGUGCUACAUCCAGACAAAUGGAACAAGCUUGGCAGAAAAGGAAAGAAGAUUCUCCUGAGUGGGAUGUGGAUGUUAAGCGGAGUAUUAUCUUGCUAUGCUCCUAUACUACGCACUGUAAACCAAGGCAGGGAGGAAUACCUUCAGUGCAGUCUAUGCUAUAGUAACGAUGCAGAAAGAGUGGCUACUUCAAUAUGGGAGAUUAUACUAUUUGUCCUUUUGUUCCCCACGCUGACUUACUUCUACUUUCAUCUUUACCAGGGAGUUAAUACCUCAGCUUUCUUCAGCAGUCGCUCAUUGACAAAACUGGUGACCAGAAUUGUUGCGUGUUUCUUUAUUUUUUGGAUCCCGUUUCACAUCUCCAACAUUGUGAUCAUCACUGCUGUGUUGCUGAAGAAUAACAAGCUUUUAGAAUUUGCAGAAUCUGGUCAGACUAUUACUACAUCUCUGAUUUUCAUUAACAGUUGUGUGAACCCCUUCCUUUAUGCCUUUUCUGCUCGGGCUUCACGACAGCAAGCAGCUGGAACAGAAAAUGCUUAGUUCUUUUAUUACAAAUGCUUACUUAAUUCAUUAGGUUAGAGAGAGUCUUUUGUUCUCUGAAAGCUAAUAACAGAUUAUUCUAUAUAUAUAUAUAUUCUAUAUACUAUCUUUAUAUACAGUACCAUCUUAUCUAUAUACUGUACUUACUGUAGCUAUACAAACAGAUACGUAAAAAGAAAAAACUGCUAAAGCAUAAUAGCUUGAAACAAAGCAGUACAUGAGAAAGCAAAUAGCAUGAGAAGGUUUUGUUUGAAGUUUCGUGACAUAACCUGAAGUGGACUUGUGUAUGUUUUUGUUCAUGUAAUUAUACUCAGGGUUCAAACUUUUCCAGCCUGCACUGUAAAGGGGAAAUGUUUUUAGUCUAACCCUUACAACCCAAAGCAUUU